AUGAUUGCCAUCUCCUGGAAUUGUAGGGGUGUUGUCAAUGGGCGUGUAAGAAAGCAUGUAAAAGAGCUUUUACGCUCGUCCAAAGCUGAUAUCCUUUGUCUCCUGGAGAUCCGUUCCCCCAGAGUUGAGGGAAUGGGGCAAACAGAUUUACAGGUUGUUAAACACUCUUCUCAGGCGAUUCAUACGAAGGUGGAUGGAGGACACGUCACCUUUUCUUAUGUUAGACCCAACCUUUUGGCCAAGUCUAGAUUCUGGGAGGAAUGUAAACUGUUCAGUAACUCUAUUCAAGGCCCUUGGAUCCUCAUGGGCGAUCUAAACGACAUAGCUAUGGUAGAAGAACAAUGGGGAAGUGAGUUUAUUAACAUCCCGGGUAUGCAAAGGUUCACCGAUGCAUUUAGCAACUGUGGUCUCAUAGACCCGGGAUCAGUUGGUACCAAAUUCACUUGGUGCCGCUUUGUGGGUAACCGAGUUACUCAGAUGCGCCGGAUUGAUAGAGUUCUUUGGAAUAUGGAUGCUCAGUUGGCCUUUCCCGAAGCCAAAGUUGUAAUCCUUCCACGGCUUCACUCUGAUCACAACCCAAUCCUUUUCAUGGAUGCAGCGGGUUCACCGCCGGAUAGAAACCUCCGUCCUUUCCGGUUCGAGGCAGCUUGGCUUAAUAGAGAUGACUAUGGUCUGAUUUGGAAAAAUGCCACGAAUGGAGGUGAUCAAGAAAUUGUAAACAUCCUUGGCGAUAUCACUGAAAAAAGCAAAGCCUGGAAUCGUGAUGUGUUUGGUAAUAUUUUUAAACGAAAGCGUGAUCUCGAGGCCAGAAUUCGGGGUAUCCAAUCCAAUCCCUACUAUGCUACCUCGAGGGGUCUCCAGGCCUUGGAAAAACGGCUUGCAGCUAACCUCAAUCAGGUGCUUGACCAGGAAGAGACUCUCUGGUUCCAAAAGUCAAGGGCCAACUGGAUUAAAGAGGGGGAUAGAAACACUCGGUUCUAUCAUAACUCUGCCAUUAUUAGAAGAAACAGAAACAUAAUCAGGUUCCUCAAAAUAAACGGUAAUUGGACUGAUGAUAAUACUACUCUUUCUAACCAUAUCACUUCGUUCUUUGCUUCGCUUUUUGACAGAAUUGGCAGCAGUGGGAGCUCAAAUCUGGUUCGGAUUGCAGAGAGUUGUAAGAUUUCGAGACAACAAGCCAGCCAAUUGUCCCGGAGUGCCACGAUGGAGGAAGUUAGGAAAGUAGCCUUUGGUAUGAAAAAAUUUGGAAGCCCCGGUCCAGAUGGUAUCCCGGCGAUUUUUUAUCAACAUUUUUGGGAAGAUAUUGGGCCAACUCUUACGGGGCUAGUCAACCGGGCUCUGAGCACUAGCAAAGUCCCGACUUCACUUCUGCGGGCUUUUAUUACUCUUAUUCCCAAAAAGGAUGUCCCGGAGACAGCCUCCGACUUCAGGCCCAUUACUUUGCUGAAUGUGAACUUCAAAGUUGUUUCAAAAGUUCUAGUCAACCGUAUGAGACCCAUUAUGUGUCGGCUUAUUGGGCCUCACCAAAACAGCUUCCUCCCGGGCCGCUCAACCUUGGAUAACGUGAUUCUUACACAAGAAGUCAUCCACACGAUGAAUAAGAAGAAUGGUAAGAAAGGUCUUAUGGUCUUCAAAGUGGAUCUCUAG